AGGAGCUCCCAGUUCCCGCGUGUGCUCCUGCACGUCCAGCGCCCACCAUGUGGCCCUUCAUCUUGCUGUGGGGCUGCCUCUUGUUCCCAGGAUGUGGAGCCAUGGUGGGCCCCAAUGAGAUCAGUGGAUUUGAAGGUGACACCGUGUCCCUGCAGUGCACUUACAGUGAGGAGCUGAGGACUUACAGGAAAUACUGGUGCAAAGAGGGUGGAUACCUCAUCUCACGCUGCUCCAACACCGUCUACGCGGGAGAAGAUGGCCAGGAGAAGACAGAGGGCAGGGUGUCCCUCCAAGACAGCCCCCAGGAGCUCACACUCAAAGUGACCCUGAGGGAACUCACCCUGCAGGACACCGGACAGUACUUCUGUGGGGUCUCAAAAGUGGGCCGAGAUGUGUCUUUCCAGGUCUCUCUGCUGGUCUCUCCAGGUACCUGCUGCCCUCCCUCCCCCACUCCCUCCUUCCAGCCUCUUGCUACAAGGAGCCUCCAGCCCCAGGCAAAAGCUUGGCAAACUCAGCCCCCAGAACUGACUUCUCCUCGUUUCCACCAAACUGUCACCACGGCCAAGCAGGGGAAGACAGGGGCCGAGGCCCCUCUGUCCCCAGGGGCCUCCCGGUCCGGGCGCUCAGGAACCACCCCAGACACGAGAACCUCUCCACGGGCGGGCACCUCUCCUCACGAAGCAACCUCUCCUCAUGCAGGGACCUCCCGCCCAUCCACCCAGCCCGGCCCCACCACAGCGGGGGACACCCGUCUGGCCCCCGGCAGCAGCGGCGGCGGCGGCGGCGGCUCCAUGUCUAGGGUCUCCAUCCCAAUGGUCCGCAUCCUGGCCCCCGUCCUGGUGCUGCUGUCCCUUCUGCUGGUCGCGGGCCUGGUUGCCCUUGGCAGCUAUCUGCUCUGCUGGAGGAAGGAAGCUCAACUGGCCUCAGAGACACAGAGGAACGAGAAGGUUCACCUCUCACACUUGUCGCUGGAGUACGCAGUGAUCAACCCUGCAGCGGCCCCUGGGCCUGGAGCCAGCCCAGAGCCCUCCUCCGCCAAGCCCUACACAGAAAUCCAGGGCCUCAGCCAGACUUCAGAGGAAGAAGAAGCAUCUUCCCGGGACUACGAGGGAGACAUGAUCCCAGGGCCUCCCCUCCACGCGUCUGGGGAGGAGCUCAGCUACUCCAAGUUCAUCUCAGUCUAGCGGCGCCGCACGCCCUCCAGGCCAGCCUUCGGGAAAUCUGGGGGGCUGGCUUUGCACUAAGUCCAAUAAGCUUUCUGCUACAGCUUUCAGAGUUCACCUGCCAGACCCUGGGGCUCUCCCCCAACCCUUUCCAGGCCCUCCUCCUGCGUACCCCAGCCCGACUGAAAGCUCUUGUCAGCCCCAGAGCCCCGCCUUUGGGGCCUCACAGUCCUACCCCCACACCAGCGUGGGACCUCCCCAGUCUGUUCCCCCACUGGCUAAGGCAUGUGGCCUGCAGUCCUGGCCAAAGCCCUGCUCGGCUCCUCUGACUUUGUGUCUGCUGCAAGAACCUCCCUGGGCCUGGGUGCCCCCCACAAUGGCACCCCCCUCCCCCUCCAGACUUCACUCACCAUCUCUUUUCCUUCCGUCCUGACUCCACACCACUUUCUCCUGCAUAAGUAAGUGAGGAAGAGGAGCACAGGGGUCUGAUUUCUCAAAAUGUGGCUGUCAAUACCUGCUCCCAGGCCUUCAGGACGCUGGUGACAAAUGGGAUUCCUGGGGGCGCCUGGGGGGCUCAGGCUGUUGAGCAUCUGACUCUUGAUGUGGGCUCAGGUCAGGAUCCCAGGGC